AGUUUUUAUGACUAUGGCUAGUUUGAACACCUUUAUACAUGUGGACGAUGGGUUUAAUGAGUAUGAAAGUGCUCUCAAACGUCAAAAGUCUACCACUUCAAAGGUGUGGGAUGAAAUGACAAAGCUUGAAUGCGAGAACAAAAAUGAAUUGAAGGCACAAUGUAAUCACUCUUCCGAAUCGGCUUUUAGCAUGGGUAAGAAAGUUAUCACACCUUUGAGGAGUUCACUUAAGCCAAAAACAGUUCAAGCCGUUGUUUUCUUGGAUGAUUGGAUGCGAGCUAAGGGAUUUUCAACAGAAAUUGGUUGCAAGAAUGAUGAGGACAAUGAGGAUGAUGUUUCUUCGAUUGCUUUUUAGGAUACCUUCCUUUCUAAUUGUUGAAAAUUUAAUUUAGCUUACAAUUUAUAGUUUGUUAU